GUGGCCGUGUUGAAGUCCCUCGGCAAGCAUCCGGGCAUCGUGCCAUUGCUGGAAGUCUAUGGAGAAGCAGGAAAGCUCUUCAUGGUCUUCGAGUACUUCGAGCGCGACCUCGCACGGUACAUGCAAGAAGCAGGCUCCCUCUCCGAAAGUCGGGUGGUGCGCUUCUCCUGGCAGCUGCUCAAUGCCAUGGCUCACUGCCACGUUCAUCGCGUCGCGCACAGGGAUGUCAAACCCCAGAACAUCCUCGUGAAGCCAGAAAGCGAUGAGUUGAAGUUGUGCGAUUUCUCCCUGGCUCGCUCCGUGGUCGUUCAGCCAACCGUUUCGCAAAGCCCGGAGACACACAAGGUGGCCUCACUAUGGUAUCGUGGCCCGGAGAUCUUGUUAGGAUCAGAGAGCUGUGGCCACUGCGGUGUGCGGCUCGAUGUUUGGUCACUGGGAUGUGUCUUUGCAGAGAUGCUGCUGAACGAGCCCUUGUUCCCUGGCUCCUCGGAGAUAGGCAUGCUCUUCCAGCAGUUUAAGCUACUGGGCACACCGAAUGAGUCAUCAUGGCCUGGAGUGACAUCCUUGGCCAACUGGUCAACUGAAUUUCCAAACUUCCAGCCGGGAUUCUGGCACGAGAAAGUGAAGCGCACACCGGGCAUGCACAAUCUCAUCUCCUCCAUGGUGUGCUGUUGCCCUGCGCUGCGGCAGUCGACUGGUGCAUUGCUGGGCCACGGUGUAUUCCGCACGCUGGAUCCUUCCCUGCCUCCGUCCGUGAAGCUUUCCUCGGAGUGCGAGAAGGGCCGGCCUCAGGCGCAGCGGACCGAAACUGUCACUCAGAAGGAGAGACUGGCCGGGCAAUCAGAGGACCAGAAAAUGGCUAUCGAGGACGAACCACUAGGAGAGCUCUUCAGCUGCCUGAAGCGGGAGAAGCCCGCGCGGCCCGUGGUCCCGGAGACUGCGGACGUGCGACGGGCCAGCAAGAAGCCCAAAGAGAGUCAGAGAGCUUCGUUGUUGGAUGAGUGGCACGUGAACACUCAGAUUCGCCGGCCGCGCUGA